CUGCCCACUAGUCUUGUUACAUUUUAUUGCUCCUCUAUGCCAUUCUUGAAGAGCGGGAUAUACCAUGGGCCACGGCUAUCUGACGAACAGCGGAUACAGGUAGGGGUCGGCAGAGCCAUGCAUGGAAAUGAACGGAGGUGCAGGCAUCUUAUCUGAGGAAACCUUUGCCUGUUUCUGUAGACGGCCACUGCAUUAAGGCUGCACCUGGAUCCUGUGGGCAGCGGAGAUAGAGCUAUCAUUAUCGCCGGAAUAUGCUGUUACAGCCUGACUCUCUUGCUGGUGCUGUAUUGCUGGCUCAAUUACAGCUACCACCCUAUCCGGGCAAAGAAUGUGCGGCUUGCCACAGUCAUGUACAUCACAGGCCUGCUCUGGUUUGUGGCAGACUUGCCAACAAACGGCCACGUCAAUAUUGUCGGCUCCUGGACGAUAUGCAAGCUGUGGGCAAUCUGGGGCCGUGCGGCAUUGGUAUACGUGUCAUCGUGCUGUAUUCUAAUGCGUGCAUAUGCGCUUGACCUGGUAUUCAAUCGCAAGCAGCCAUAUCGUGGGUGGGCGGUCCUUGUGCCUAUCAUCAUCAUCGCAGUGGUUGUUCUCUCCUACUGCAUCACGGGCCAGCUAGUUAGUGACGACCUGACAGUCGCAUUCAUUCCGUCGCUGCAGCUCUGCUACUACAGCGAUGCCUUCCGGUAUGCAAGUCUGUCGAUUGUGUGGCUGGUCUGGCUAGUUAUUCUGUACUACACCAUUCGGAUUCGCAGAAUCACAUCCUCGUUCAACGAGUUCCGCAACUACCUUGCGCAGUGCAUCAUUGCAUUCCUGCUCAUUGCCGAGACCACGGCACUGCACAUUGCAUUCCCGAGGUACCCGCUUAACAAGACUGUUCGUGUUGUGAACACGGCGUUCGACAUAUUCAUCAGCAGUGCCUGUAUCUGGAUUGUCCUCGCGUACCCAGCAUACAAAUGCCUGUUCGAUCGUGGGGAGUACCUCAACCAGUGGCUCUGGAAGCUGCGGGAUGACGGGCUCCAGAAGGCGUACGGGGUGGAAUCGAACGAGACGUACCUGGUUGGACAGAUACAGUUUUCCUCGACUGCCCAACUGCACUCUGACUACAAGCGGCAGCUUUUGUGAGUCGCAACUAUAAAUAUAUGCUGUACAUGUUUUAUAGAGAGCAUGAUCCAGCCCAAUGAGGGACAUUGCGAUUGGAA